AUGUCGGUUCGAAGCUUCUUCAAUGGACUUUCGGUUUCAGAAACUUCUGUAACUCCUUUCAAAGUAUGUGUUUUAGGAAUCGGAAAGGUGUAGCUAAUGUGAAAUAUGAAGUUUUAAUUUUAAACACAGAUUUAAUUUUCAGUUUUUGCUUUGAUUUUUGUGUUUUUUUGCUUAUCUUUCACAGCAAUAUCUACUUUUAGUUAUAACUUUCGAUUCUUUAAAGAUAUUGCUUUAAAUUUUAAGAAGAUGAAAGAUAAUUAAUGUUUUAACUUUCAGACAGCGAUAUACGUUAUAAUCGCUCAACUAUCGGAUGUUUUCUCUCGGAUCACAUUGGAAGACGACGAUUUCACAGACGAAGCUAAUCGAUACAAAGAUGAACUCAACGAUCGACGAACAUACUAUUCCUUUUUGAUUUGGACAUUGAUACGUGGUCCUGAGAUGUCAUUGCCGAUUCUGAAGUGUUUUAUCUAUCAUUAUCUGAAUCAAUUUGACAACUUUUUCAAAGAGUUCAUCACUGCGUAAGUUAAUCUUGUUUUUUUUUGAUUGUUUGAUGUUUAGGUUGAUCAAAUACGAGAAGAAAGUGAUUGUGCCAACGAGGAUUGAGGAUGGAAAGGACAAGUCAAGAGCUAGCUUUGUGAAAUCGUUGACUUUGCUUGGAACUUUUAUUGAUAACGUGAGAUUUAAAGAAAUGGUUAAUAUUUUAGUUUUACAUGAUAGUAGGUUUGAUAUACGGCCUGUCAUGGGUUAAUUCAACUUUUCACUAGCUUUAUUUAACUUUAAAUUGUGAUUAUUUUAUAAAAUAUUGAUGUUUAGUUCGCGGACGAGUACAAUGACAUGCCAUGUGACAAACAAUUCAAGUUUUCGCUUUCCUGGAAGAAAUUCUUGGAGUCAACGGCUUCAGAGGAGGAGAUUCAGAAGUAUUCGACUGAAUGGAAGGUGGAUUUGAAGGAAAUUCUUGUAAAAAUUGUGGAUAUAGAGGAAAACGUUAGGCACGAUCAUCAAAGGGCAAAGAGGAAUGUGUUUUAUAAAAAAAUAACUGUUACUGGAAAGGAACUGGAUUGA